GUUUAUUCAUGCAUCAGUAACAAACAUCCAAUGAUAUAAUGCAGUAAAAGUCAUUCUGUAUAAUGAGUUUACUUGUAACUUUACAUGUUGCUGCUAAUAUUCCUUGUAGUUUCUAGAUGUUGAUACUUUUAGAUCUCAAUACGUCCUCCACUACUGCCAUCUUUUGAUUUUAAAAAAAGAGUAAAGGUGUACAAUAAAUGUCCAGCAGAGACCUUCGUGAUGUGACCUGGGCAAGGUCAGUGGCUACCGAAUGUUUACCCCUCACACCCAACUAUGUGGCCGGAGGAGUUUGGAGUGGGUGGGCCCUGCAAUGAUGUGCUUACAAAGUCCACACUGUCCAGACAGUCCUGUGCACACCUAGUCCCACCCCUUCUCUCACCCCUCAGUUGCCUACCUCUCCCCCUGCUGCGCUCCCCUGUACUCCUCUCCUGCUCCUCUCCCAGGGUCAGCUACUCGUUUGAAGUUCGAGGAGUUUUGGAGACGUAUUUUGCUCUGUCUGACAUCUCAUCCCUCACAGCCACCAUGGUUCACAGCAGCAGUAUCUGUAGAGUACUCCUCCUGGUGCUCCUCGGCCUCUUGGUAGCCUUUGUACACACAGAGACAGCCGCAGACUCGACAACCAGAGACAACCAGGACACCAUGUCUGGAGAACCACCCAGUGACGUCACCACCAAAGAGCCAUUACAGGACAUGACGGAGCAGUCCUUCACUUUUGACUAUGAGGACACCACACACUCUCAGGCCCUGGACAAGAAUGAGGGAGUGCUGGGGCCAGGAGCCAUCACAGCCAUUGUUAUAGCGGUCUUUCUAGGAGCGUCUGUCCUCCUCGCACUCAUCGUCAUCACACUCAGGAAGUUCACCGCCUCCUAGAGUGAAUACAUCCCAUCUUGUAUUCGUGUGUGUGUGUGUGUGUGUGUGUGUGUGUGUGUGUGCGUGUUUGUAUGUCAGCGUUUCUCUUUUGCCUCUCAUCUCAAUCUCUUAACUCUUUCUUGCAAAAAUGCGUUGUGUCUUUUGCUUCGCUGUAGAUGCUGAAAAUUGUGGCAGGUCCCUUGACUGACUAUUUCCAGAUUUCCUCCUGGAAGCACACUCUAAUUGUUGCUCAGCACGUCCACUUGUUACUGAAGGUAUAAUGUUAGAAACUGGCUGGCUCUUCCAGUGGAAAUCGUAGCAUGUCCAUGUCAUUCACUUUGUUUGUUUUUUGAACUUGCAUGCUCUAAAUGGUUAAUGUUUGUGGGCUGUUUGUUUCCUGAUGUGAAGUGUCCUGCAUGUGUUUGCUUUUAUAUUUGAAGAUGAAGUGUGUGUGCUUUUGUCAGUCUUUUGUCUUACUUUUUUUCAUUCAAUAAGAUACACAUGAGGUUUUUAUUAGUCUUUCACAAUAAUUUUAACUCAUGUCUAAAAUAUCCCCUUGGUGUCACCCAUGUACAAUUUGUAUUGCACCAUUUACAAACAUUUGUAGAGUGAAAAUAAGGAGAAAACAUUUUAGAAAGGCUUCUUCGAUGAAUGUAAACAGGGUAGCUGGGUUGGUUGUUUUGACCUGCAGAGCAAAUAUAAAGAUAGAGCGUGGAUGAAUUUGUGUUUGCACUCAAGUGAGUGUUUGUAGUUUUUUGUCGUUGUUUUAUUUGCAGAGGGUUGGAAAUCAUUUUAGCAAUUUUUGGGUAUUUUUUACAUGCCUCAGAAUCCUCAGCCAUACAGCUGGAUGUUGCCAUGGUAAUUUCACUGCCUGAUUAUUUUGUGAGAUUUAAGUUGAAUAAAUAAAUCCAAUGAAUCCGAUGCCAAA